UAACCUCUGUGAAACUCUCGCGAUAUCACAAAGCGGAAGCUAUCAGCGGAAUCCUCCAGUCCGCGAGAGCUGCUCUCUUGUUGUGCAGCAACCAGCGACACUUUGAACCAAAGUGAACUGUUUGUUCAUAACAAACGCGCCCAACUGGAAUUGCAAGUGUUCAACUUGGCGGUCGGUUUGCUCAGAGCUGUAAGGGGUCCGACGUUGUGUUCAUGUUGAGAGAACUCUUUCAACUGGCGAAAGGCAGCAGCUCGCCCGGAGGGUCUUCGUCGGCGACGACACCCUCUGCUCCGUGAGCUUUAGCCGUGUCGAAAAUGACCGGGGAGAAGAUCCGCUCACUGCGGAAGGACCACAGGACGAGCAAGGACGAGGAUUUACUGGAACCGGACGAAGAAGCCGCCACCGGGACCUUCGCAGCCUCCAAGACCAACAGCAAGAGCAGGGCGAGUAAAAUCUUUAGCAAUCACAAGUUGAGCAAGUCGCCGUCCUCGCAGAACCAGCAGUCUCUGAUAAAUGCCAACACAAACACACUCUCGGCAUCGGACGUCAUCGAUGACAACAACAAAAACCCAGUUAUUCGAACCGAGCUGGACUUCCCUAUACACGAAUGUGUUUUUAAAGGAGACGUGCGGCGGUUGUCGUCGCUCAUACGGACUCACAAUAUUGCGCAGAAGGAUGUCCAUGGAAACACUCCGCUGCAUCUCGCUGUCAUGAUGGGGCACAAGGAGUGUGCCCAUUUGCUGCUGGCCCACAACGCUCCAGUGAAAGUGAAGAACGCUCAAGGAUGGAGCCCCCUCGCUGAAGCGAUCAGCUAUGGCGACAGACAGAUGAUCACAGUGCUGCUGAGGAAUCUGAAGGUCCAGUCCAGAGAGAGUGUUGAGGACAAACGGCCGAAGCUGCUGAACGCCCUGAAAGAGCUCGGAGACUUUUACCUGGAGCUUCAUUGGGACUUUCAAAGCUGGGUGCCGCUGCUGUCCCGAAUCCUACCUUCAGAUGCUUGUAAGAUCUACAAGCAAGGCCUCAACAUCAGAUUGGACACGACCUUGAUCGAUUUCUCGGAUAUGAAGUGUCAGCGCGGCGACCUCAGUUUUAUCUUCAACGGAAACGCAGUUCCCUCCGAGUCAUUUGUUGUUCUGGACAAUGAACAGAAAGUGUACCAGCGGAUCCACCAUGAGGAGUCAGAGAUGGAGACAGAAGAGGAAGUGGACAUUCUGAUGAGCAGCGACGUUUACUCCGCCACGCUCUCCACCAAGUCCAUCACAUUCUCUCGGGCACAGACAGGCUGGUUGUUCCGAGAAGACAAAACGGAGCGUGUUGGAAACUUUGUUGCCGACUUCUACUCAGUAAACGGACUGGUGCUCGAGUCCAGAAAGAGAAGAGAGCACCUGAGUGAGGAGGAUAUAUUGAGGAACAAGGCCAUCAUGGAGAGUCUGAGUAAAGGAGGGAACCUCAUCGAGCAAAACUUCGAGCCAGUACGCCGACAAUCCCUCGCACCGCCUUCACCCAAUAAUGUCUCCUGGGAGGACUAUAUCAACGCUGACAGUGGAAAAGCUCCUCAUCUUGGGAGAGACUUGGUCUGCAAAGAGAGCAAGAAGAAUUUCAAAGCGACAAUAGCGAUGAGUCAAGAAUUCCCUCUUGGAAUUGAAUCGUUGUUGAACGUUCUGGAGGUGAUCGCCCCCUUCAAGCACUUUAACAAGCUCAGGGAGUUUGUGCAGAUGAAGCUGCCGCCUGGCUUUCCUGUGAAGCUGGACAUCCCUGUCUUCCCCACCAUCACAGCCACCGUCACGUUUCAGGAGUUCCGCUACGACCAGUUUGAUGCCGCCAUUUUUACCAUUCCCAGCGACUACAAAGAGGAUCCCAGCCGAUUCCCUGACCUUUAACCCCGACUACUGACACUCUCACCAGAGUGGGAACAAGAAAUACUCCUGUGACAAAUGAACUUUUUUUAUUCGAACCGAGGACGAGAGGCCAGAAAUAUCUCUGUCGGUCAAUCAAAUCCUUUUGUACUGGAGACCACUGAAGGUCCCACCCGUGAUCAGAUUGUCCUUCAGAGAAUCAAAAACCUGUUUGGCUGCUUUGUAAUUAAUGUUUAUAAAGGGACGUUGUGUAACUGACAUGUAGUGAAGCACUGACGUGUGUAGAUGUGGAACUUUCAUCUCUAAUUUAUCCCCACCGAACAAACACCAUUCCUUAGUGAGUUCCUUUUAUCUUUUGUUCAGUUUAUCAUCACUUUUAUCGUUAAACAUGUUUUUAAAAAAGGACAUUAACUGACAAUCGUUCGAUGAACUAAUUAACCUUUUGACUGUUUUUUAUACUUUAAUUUAUUUGUGUCACUUAACUUUCAGACUUGAUGGCGAAACACUACAACAAACUUGUAAACAGUGUGAGGCAGGUAUCUAAGGUGCCACAGUGGACAUGUAGAAAACUAUACACAUGCACAGAGACUCACCAACUCAACUUAUUCACACUAAAACGUUGGGGUACAACAGGCCCUGGCCAAGUCACAUUCACACAAAACUCAAGACACAUAACCCUCGACAUACAAGUAUGUACAAGUGACAACACAAUAAACAAGGCAAAAUGCAUUACAAAAGUUCACACUUCACAAGUGAUGAAAAAUAAAUGCAGAAGACAUGACAGUCUAGUGGAAAUGUGCAGUUACACAGAUUUAUCUCACAAUAUGUUGAACACAAAUCCAUCCACCCAUACAAGAGAUGCACAAAAAAGUAAUAAACAUCACACCCUUCAAAUUCAUACACACCAGACCUCCAAGAUGAAACACAAACAUGAUCCAUGGAUGCAUGAACGGUGAUAUGUGCAAUGCUAAUAUACAGUAGGUCAGUCUCUGGCUGACACACACACACACACACACACCCACACACACACACACAGAGGUGGUGGUACCAAUGUCCUAUUGAAAGGUACAGUCCUGAUCUCAUGGUGUUGGGUCAAGACUCCAGUGAAAAGGGAAACAAAUCCAUGCAAUGAGGGACUUCUCUGCACAAACCUGUUUUAUAAUCCUUGUCUUUUACCGCUCGCUUCUGCUUUUUUAACUUUCUGUUUCAAACAACAGCUCAUUUUUUAUGUGGCGGAGGUUUGUCGGUCUGUUGGAUGACGUCGGUUGUUGCUAUUUUUGUACAUAAGUGUGUUGUUCUGAAA